AUGAGUUAUGCUUCCCAAAAAGUUGUGAAUUCACUAGAACGUAGCUUACGAAUGAUAGUCGCCACGGCUGCACAUUUGACAGAUACGCUCGUGGUCGCUGCGCCAGUGGCCAUUUGGGUGGUUCUCUCUCUUGCAACGGAACUGGCGGUUCACGUCGGCCAAGUGUUGGACUUCUAUGACGCCUUGAAGAAAGUAACACUUGGCCAACCACAGAAACUUGGUAAAGUUGUAUCAAAGGAAGAAAAUUCUGAUAUUGGCUCUAAUAACACAUGUAAUGUUGGAGAAAACAUGGAAGAAAAGGAAACAUUAUCAGUCGAUCGAGAACUAGUAGAGUUAAGUGUACAAAAAGAAAAGGCUCCAAGAAAAAUUGUGAGCAUAAAGGAUGAAGUUGAUGAGAUACGAAUAAGUUCAAGGAGAAUCAAGAGGAGGACAUCGAAAGGAAGUUUUAGUUCCUUCGAUGAGCAUGAGGUUAUGUCUUUGAAACCAUUGAAGUCGAUUCUAAGAAAGGAUUCAGGAGUAAGCAAAGAUCCAUGA